UUCCUUCCCUGUAGCUGCUGGGCUGGGGAGGCGACUGUCGGCGCUGUCUCGCUGUUCCGUCGGAGCUGAAGGGAACUUAACGGCGGGUCCGGGCGUGGCUUCAAAUGUGAUAAAUCUCUACGCGAGGGGGGAAAAGAAUGCGUGAAGGCUUUACGGAUUAGGACGAAUAUUUACAAAAUCAGUCAGAAAGAAAAGAAAAGCGACAGGAAAAGGUAGCUUAAACUGGGCAGCGUGGAGUGUGUGUGUUUUUUUUCUCUGGGUGCGCUCGGUGUUGAACAGCUGGAAUACUUCUUGCUUUUUUUUUUUUGAAUGCUGAACUUCGUGGGCCGCGUUCGUGGUGUUAGACCUGCUCUGAUGAUCCGCAGAAAAAGUCACUCGAGCUGUAUUUUGGACUAAAAAAAAAAAGCCCGGGGAGAGGGAGGAUUUCAGACUCUCUCCUUUUUUAUUUUUUAUUUUAUUUUAUUUUAUUUUUUUCGUUUGUUGAACUUCCCCCCGAACAAGCAGCAGACCUGAAGCGCGCACUGGGAACCAUGGGCUGCACUGUGAGUCAGGAAGAUAAAGCCGCGGCCGAGAGGUCCAAAAUGAUCGACAAGAACCUGCGAGAAGAUGGGGAGAAGGCGGCGAGAGAAGUGAAACUGCUGCUGCUGGGUGCUGGCGAGUCGGGGAAGAGCACCAUUGUGAAGCAGAUGAAGAUUAUUCACGAAGAUGGCUACUCAGAAGAAGAGUGUAAGCAGUACCGAGCCGUGGUCUACAGCAACACAAUCCAGUCCAUCAUGGCCAUCAUCAAAGCCAUGGGCAACCUCAAGAUUGAAUACGAGGACAGUUCUAGAACGGAUGAUGCCCGCCAGCUGUUUUCACUGUCGGCAGACGCAGAGGAGCAGGGUAGCCUGCCAGAAGACCUGUCCAAGGUCAUCCAGCGACUGUGGGCCGACGGCGGCGUCCAGAGCUGCUUCACACGGGCCCGGGAGUAUCAGCUCAACGACUCGGCGGCCUACUACCUGAACGAUCUGGAGAGGAUAGGCAAGUCAGACUACAUCCCCACACAGCAAGACGUUCUGCGGACCCGUGUCAAGACCACAGGCAUCGUGGAAACACAUUUCACCUUCAAGAACCUGCAUUUCAAGAUGUUUGAUGUCGGUGGCCAGCGGUCGGAGAGGAAGAAGUGGAUCCACUGCUUUGAGGGCGUGACGGCCAUCAUCUUCUGCGUCGCCCUGAGCGCCUACGACCUGGUGCUGGCAGAAGAUGAGGAGAUGAACCGGAUGCACGAGAGCAUGAAGCUGUUCGACUCCAUCUGCAACAACAAGUGGUUCACGGAGACGUCCAUCAUCCUGUUCCUCAACAAGAUGGACCUGUUUGAGAAGAAGAUUGAGCACAGCCCCCUGAGCAUCUGCUUCCCCGAGUACACUGGCCUCAACAAUUACAAGGAGGCUGCGGCUUACAUCCAGAGCAAAUUUGAGGACCUCAACAAGAAGAAGGACACCAAGGAGAUCUACACCCACUUCACCUGCGCUACCGACACCGAGAAUGUGCAGUUUGUGUUCGACGCGGUCACUGACGUCAUCAUCAAGAACAACCUGAAGGACUGCGGCCUCUUCUAAAAACGCCGAUCCGAGGAAGAUUCAAGAUUACUUGAACAGUUCGGAUGACCAUGACGGGGGGUUUAUACACAUACCACGAAUAACUGCACUGCCCAACCAUGAUUUCUGCUUCAAUCUGCUUUUAAAAAAUAAAAAAUAAAGACACCUAAGAAACAGAAAACCCAACCAGCCUUCCAGAUUCUCCAACGAUCGCCGAUCCAGUCGCUGGUUUUCGUCAACUUUUUGGGCUUUAACCACAAAAAUCUACAUCUAUUAUUCUAUUUUUUUUCAAUUGCUAAAGGAGGGAAAGGAUACUUUUUUUAUACAUAUAUAUAUAAAUGCCUAAAUUUAACUUUUAGAUCCUGAUGUGCAAAUUAUGAAACUUUUAAUCAUGUGAAACUUAUAUUUUGAGACUCUGCAUAAGCAUGGACAUGAAAUGAGAUUCACAAAAGAUAAAAAAAGUGCUUUUUAAAAAAAAAUUAUGUUUACAUUGGUUCAUCAUUCAUAGCUAAACCGUAUAUUAUUCUGCAUGACUCCACAGGACCAAUAAUAGCUCUGUAUUCUGCACAAAUUAUUCUAACAUUCCUACAAAAUGAUUAAAAAAAAAAAAUAAAGAUUUUUUUUUU